AUGAGCGACUUCGUGAAGGUCGACCUGGUACACAACCUGUACAAGAACAAAAAAUGGAAAGAAAUCAAACUGAACAAAUUCGAAAGCAUAGAAAAUGUGAAAAAGAAAAUAUACACACACACGGGCACCCCCCACAACAGCAUGGACCUCUAUGCAUAUGAUGAGCUAAACAUAGAGAACAGUCAAGUCCACCUAAGUAACGAUAACUUCUGCCUUAAUGAUUACAACGUGAAGGACAACUAUAUCAUCUACAUACAUGAUAAAAGCAAUGCCGUCCCCAACGACGUCAUUUAUCAUAUGGAUGAUGCUGAGAAACUGAACCAACUGAAACAUUUUAAAUACGAAAUGAAGGAAGAGGACUAUGACAAACGACAGGACACAUUUAGGAAUUUUAUAAAAAAGUUGAGGGCGCGUGGGGGAACUACAAAUAGCGGAAGCCACCCCAACGGGGAGAUCCACCCCAAUGGGGAAGACCCCCUUGAGAACCCCCCCUACGAUGAACAAACCUACCAAAUUGGAAACCGGUGCAGAAUCAAAAUAGGAGACCGCAGAGGCGUUUUAAAAUUUGUAGGAAAAAUAAAAAAGGGGAACGAAAUUUCUGUUGGCGUCGAUUUAGACGAACCUUUGGGGAACUCCGACGGGACAUACCAAAACAAGUUUCUGUUCGAAUGUAAGGGAAGCAAAUAUGGGUACCUUGGAAAUAUAAACUCCAUCGAGGUGGGAGACUUUCCCCCUUUCGACAUCAUGGAUUUGGACGAAUUCUAA